AUGUUCUCUCUCCUUAUACCCAUACUAGCCAGUCUCGCCUUACCAGCCACGGCAACGACAGCUCCAGGACCAGCAGCAUGCGCAAACCUAACAACCCAACUAGGUUCAUCCAAAGUGAACACUAACCAACUGAGCCUCACUUACACCGAGAGCCUCGAGUACUGGAACACCAUCCAAGCCGAAUACAAACCAUCCUGCAUCAUCUCCCCAGCUUCCGCCCAAGACGUCUCCACAUCCCUCCAAGCCAUCCGCGCCGCCGGAAGCCGCUUCGCCAUCAAAGCCGGCGGCCACAACCCAAACACAUUCUACUCUUCCGUCCAAGCAGGCGUCCUCCUAGACCUAAGCAGCAUGACCGCCAAAUCCUACAACUCAGAAACAACCCUAGCAACCUACGAGCCAGGCGGCGUCUUCGGCGACAUCUACUCAUACUUCGCCGCCUACAACCGCACAGUGGUGGGCGCGCGGCUCGCCGGCGUCGGCACAGGCCUCGCCCUCGGCGGCGGAAUGAGCUACCUCUCACCCCAAUACGGGCUCGCCUGCGACUCGUUCCGCGAGCUCGAAAUCGUCCUGCCCGACGGCUCGAUCGUGACGGCCUCCAACGAGACGAACAGCGACCUGUUCUUUGCGUCGCGGGGUGGUGGCGGGAACGCCUACGGCGUCGUGACGAAGUAUACCGUGCAAAGCCGGCCGAUAGGCGAGUUCUACGCCGGCAAUCUGAUCUAUGUGUUUGAGCAGCGGGAUGCGGUCAUCGAGGCGAUUGGGAACUUCAUUGCGUACAAUGCGGAUCCGAAGGCGGCUAUCAUUGGCACUUAUGAGAAGUUGGGGACGCCGGAUUUGGGGCUGGAUUUGGACGAGGCGAUUAUCUUGUUCUUGGUGUAUGAUGGGGCGGAUCCGGGGGAUGCGUUUAGGAAUUUCACGGAUGUGACUGCGCUCGUGGAUACGAUGGGCGUUAAGAGUUAUGAUGAGGUGGUUAAUAUGCCUGUGCCGUUGUCGACGGAGAUCUCGCGCGGGGCGAAUAUGUUUCGCGUGGGUGUUCAUCGGCCUGGGAACGAUUCUUAUGCGGGUGCGUUGGAGAGAUGGAGGAGUUGGGCGGAGGAUAAUAAGAGGAGUUAUGAACUUCUUUCGUUGGAUUUUCAGCCCGUGCCGAGGAGUUUGACGGAUGCUAGUAAGGCGCAGGGUGGGAAUGCGAUGCAGAUGCCUGAUGGGCCGUAUUUCUGGUUGAAUUAUUUGAUCACGACGCCGCCGGGGAUGAGUGAUGUUGAUUAUGAGACUGUGCAGGCUAGUUAUCGGGAUAUGGUCAAGAGCACCGGUAAUGCUGAGGGGUUGCCUUUGUUUAUCAAUGAUGCGAAUCAUGAUCAGAAUCCGUUGCAGACUUUUUCGACGUUUGAGAGGCUGCAGGCGAUUAAGAAGAAGUAUGACCCGGAUCACUUUUUUGUCGAUUUUACUGGAGGUUGGUCGUUUGCUUAG